UUUGGAUCUGUACCUCCACUGUCGUUGCUGCUCGUAUUGUUUCAAAGUUAGUGCAAUGAAGCUCGUCAAGUUUUUGCAAAAGCUGAAUCGCGAGCAAGUAACGAUCGAGCUGAAGAAUGGCACCGUCGUACAAGGGACGGUGGUCGGGGUGGAUUCGACCAUGAAUUGCCAUUUGAAAAAGGCCAAAGUCACAGUACGGGGCAAAAAUCCGGUACCCUACGCCACGUUGUCGGUACGGGGUUCCACCAUGCGCUCGUGGAUCUUGCCCGAAAGUCUGAAUUUGGACGCCUUAUUAGUAGACGAUGCACCGAAAAAGUCUGUCGUGCCGAAACAAGCCGGAGGACCGGGUCGAGGUCGGGGCCGUGGCCGUGGACGGGGACGACGAUAGAAACGCCGUUUGUACGAAACCCCGCGUAACGGAACCUGGCGAUGGGGUGGAUACGGACCGACUCUUUUUGGGGGGAGGAUGGGAAUGCUAUUGCGUAGAGAAACGUACUGAAACACCAGCUUUCACAUCGUGUGUGAGAACCACGCUGGGAUGAUUCGAUUCUUCCCGUAGCAUACAAGGCUUUCUUAUUCGUGGCGUGUUUAUUUUGGCAUUGGGCGUAUAGGUAAUCGUAAGACGUUCACGUUAUCC